AUGAAGAUCGAGUCUACUUCUCAUAUUUCUGGACAUGAAGUCGAAGGUUUGGAGACUUUGGGCAUCAGUACAAUGGAGAACUUGUCGCUCUCCAUUAAUCCUGAAUUUGGAAAACAUUUUGGCAACCCUUCCAGUUCCGAGACAGAUACUACCAGCUCAGAAUCAGAUUCCGAUUCAAGGUAAUUGACCUUUUUAUUUAAAAUCAUCUUUCAUCAUUGAUAAAGCCCCAGAGACAUGAUAUUCAUACGUUUUCAUAUAUCAAGCUUCAGACGGUGAAUUAAAGAUUGUUAACGUAAGACUGAAAUGCUUAACCCCUCACCUCAUGUACUGAUAUACAGAUAAAUCUACACACUAAUAAUGAAGUUGAUUCGAUUUUCAAGUAUUAACAUACAGUUCUGUAUUGUUUUAAAGUGAGAACAGUUCCGAUUUUGAUGAAAGUUUCCCAGAAACAGAACAAAACCUAGAAUUUUCCAGUAACGAUGAAGAUGAGUACGUAUAAUUUUUCCACAUAUUUGUUGUAUUUAAUAAUUUUAUUCCACAUAGCAUACUUCCAUACAUAAGCUAAUAACUUUUAGUGAGUUUCUUGAACCUGUUCAGUUUGUGGAUCCUGUUCUGUUCCCACCUCUCCCUCUAAAUAACAACAAAUUAAUUGUGUACUCUAUGCAAAACAGCAAGUAAUCUGAAAAGAAUACACAAUUAAAUUGUUUAAGUCACCCUGUAUAUCAAAGUAUUGAUCAGAGAGGGUAUAUGGCUUCUAAUACAUAAUGUAUUUUUGAUUUUCAGUUAAGAGCUACGAUUUCUGGCCCACACUUGCGACCAGAAUUCUGCAGAAGAAAGUCAAGGACCAGAUAAGUAUUCUGAGGCCAGUUCCUGUUCCAGAAGAUCAUCCGAACAAUAUUGCCCCAUCCAUUGCCCUCAAACUAAUUCCUAAAACAAGCGAUCUUGUCCAGAGGGCACAAUCAAGGUUUGUGACAGAGCAGACCAAUAAAGAUGCUAUACUGGGUGUAGGUCAGUCAACAUCAUGA